AUGUCUACAACCAAACAUUUAUCAAAAUUAUUCCCAGCUUUAGCCAAAAAUAAAAGAGAUGGUCAAAACUUUUUAGAUAUUUGUUUUUCACUCUCAAAUAAAGGUGUUGGUACUAAAAUCUGUAAAAAGAAUUGGUCAGAACCUGAAACCUAUUGGACUGUCACUAAAACUAAAUUUAUUAACUCACCAUUAACCAACAAUGCUAUGCAUGGUAAAGCUUUUGGUAUUUUAACUUGGAACGGUAAAACUGAUAAUAAAGAACAAGAAAUCACCAACUCACUCGAUAAAAAUUGGUCACUUUACCCAUACAGCCCAUUAAAUAUUACAAGAACUGUUGAAACUGAAGAACAACCAGCCGAAGAAUCAACUGAACAACAAUAA